CGCGCCAGACUCUAGCUUCGCUCGCUGGCUCCCUUUAGGCGGUAGCUACGCAGGUGGCCCUUUUGGCGAGCGGGCCAGGGGUGGCCCAGAAAAGUAGGAGGCGCCGGAGGAGCGGGUCUGCAGACUAAGAGUCGCGGCGGCGCGGCCGGCGGCGAGAAUCCGGAGGAGCAGGAGGAGACGGCAAGGAUAGGCCCAGGAGUAAUGGAGUCCAAAGAGAAACAAGUGUUAAAAAAUCUCAGCGAGGAAAACAACCAUCAGGAAAAUGAAGGAGGGGAGCAGGCUCCAAUGCAAAAUGAAGAAGAAUCCCACCAUUUGGGAGGGGGUGAAAGCCAGAAGCCUGGAGGAAAUGUAAGGCGGGGGAGAGUUAGGAGGCUUGUCCCUAAUUUUCGAUGGGCCAUACCUAAUAGGCAUAUUGAUCACAGUGAAGUGGGAGAUGACGUAGAAAGGUUUGUAGGACAGAUGAUGGAAAUCAAGAGAAAGACUAAGGAACAACAAAUGAGGCAUUAUAUGCGCUUCCAAACCCCUGAACCUGACAAUCAUUAUGACUUUUGCCUCAUACCUUGAAUCCUAAGGCUUUAUAAACCUUAUAAAAUGAGGUUCAUAAUGUGGCCACAGCUUUAAAAUCUUGAUCUUUGUGAUUUACUUUUCCUGUAAAACUUUUGGUGUUUCCACUUUUCAGUUUCUGAUUGAAUGUUGUUUUGUCUCUGUCUAAAAGUUUCUGUCAGCAUGGCAAUUUCACCAAUUUUUGAAAAAAUAUUCUUUUCAUAAUAUGAAAUUAAUAAAGCAGCUUAAAAGCAGCCUAUAUUCUAUCAUCUUCCUCUUCUACCCCAGUCAUUAUUUUUGUUAAUGGUACUUUUUCUCUUUCAGCUACUUAGACUCAAAAUCUUAAUUUUCUUAGACAGUUAUUUUCCUUGUCUUCAACCAAUCAUGGAAAAUCAUGCCUAUAAUUAAGCAUCUGAUAACAUUUUUAGAAUUAUGUCCUAGUGUUUUCCAAUGAGUGUGAGUCUACUAUCUUUAUAGAAACACUUUGGUGGAAAAAACUUUUGUGAUUGUAAAACCUCUGGCCCCUGCCCUCCAUACCCACAUAGUGGGGUUACAAAAUCUCCAUUUUAACAAGAUUCCUAGGUAAUUCUGUUUACUCCAAAGUCUGACUGCUACUGUGUAAGUGUAUAUGUAUCUACAUACAUUGAUAUGUGUAUAUCAUAUGUCUGUUAAGCAUGAACAAUAAAAAGAGGAUGACUAUGUGA